GCCGCCGCUGCUCUGCUCGCUGCCACUCAGCUACGUACGGGCGGGUGUGGAGGCCGGGAGUGAAGUGAGGCGGGGAGCAAACAACAGCGCAGCGCUCUCGACUCCAUGGUGGUAAAAGGACAAGGACACGCGACAGCGACGCGCGCGCGCAGCUGAUCGAUCGACCGAUCCCAUCAUUUAUUCCGCAGUGUGUCUCUGUGUGUGAAUAGAGAACACCCACCACAAGUUUGAGCCUCGCUGCAGCUGGUCGUCUUCCACAUCCUAAUUCUCUAUAGCUUGCUCUCGCUGUACCAGCUAUACGUAGCUAGCUAGCUCCCGCAGUCCCGGCCGCCUCCCGCUCCUGAGCUGAUCUGCACCCGCUGGCAGCUAGGGUUCACGCACGGAGGCUGAUCGCGAGCUGGGGGCUGAGCGAUCGAGCUUCCGCGGCGGCGAGAUCUGCGCUGCUUGCUGAGGCGCCGACUCGCCGGCAGGCUGAUUUGAAGGCCCGGGCUGUAGGGUGGUUAAUCAGCCUAGCUUGGUCGAGUUCUUUUAGCCAGGCCGAGGCGCCAGUGAAAGCUAUCGCGGGGAGCCGACGAUGCGAGCCGUCGUCGUCGGAGACUUGAUCAGAUGAUGAGCGGCAACCAGCAGCAGCAAUCGUCGUCGGCGGUGGCGUCGGCCGCGUCGGAGCAGGAGCAGCAGCAGCAGCAGGCGGAGCUCGCCCGCAAGCACGCGGCGGCGGUGGCGACGUCGCGGCAAUGGUCGGCGCAGACGGAGUCGCGGAUCGUGCGCGUGUCCCGGGUCUUCGGGGGCAAGGACCGGCACAGCAAGGUGAAGACUGUGAAGGGGCUCCGCGACAGGCGCGUGCGGCUGUCCGUGCCCACGGCCAUCCAGCUCUACGACCUGCAGGACCGCCUGGGCCUCAACCAGCCCAGCAAGGUCGUCGACUGGCUCCUCAACGCUGCCCGCCACGAGAUCGACAAGCUCCCCCCGCUCCAGUUCCCGCCCCACCACGGCCAGCAGCUCAACGGCGCCGACCUCAUGGAGCACCACAUGGCCUCUGCCUCCAUGCUGCCUCUCAUGCCGCACGACUUCGCGUCCGCGCUCGCCGCUGAUCAUGGCGGCAAGGGACACGCCCACGACGACGUGGCCGACAUGGGGCGCUUUGCCGCCGCUGGGUACCACCGGUUCAUGGGGAGCAACUCGUCGCCGCUGGGACUGGUCAACGGCGGGAUGCCGUACAACUUCACCGGUGAGUCAUGGAAUAAUAACAGCACUGGUGGUGCACACGAGAACUGCCAAGGGUCGCCCCAUGGAGGCCAGGUCUCCAUCGCGGCAGCCCACCACUCGGCGUUCCCGUCGUUGCUCUCCUUGGCUCCGAGGUCGCACCAACUCGUCUACUACGCGUCGGAGGCCGCCGAGCAGUUCCCGGUUGAUAAUAACCUGGGCUCGCAAGGCUUGUCCUUGAGCUCCGCGAGGGCUUUCCAUGACCAUGAUCACGCAGCUGGAAGCUAGCUAGCUACGUGCAUGCCUAGUGGGCAAAAUGCUACAUGAAGGUGCAUGCAUGCGUGCAGAAUGCCGAUCUGUGAUCUGUCGUAUGGGGAUUGCAACUCUUCGAUCAACAAGGUAGGAAUAAUGCUCUCCCAAAGCACGGCAUAUAUAGAUAGUCAGUACAAUUAAGUGUGUCUGCAUUGGUUUUCAAGUAUACUUCCUUUUUAAGGGACAAGCUAGCUUCAUUGCGCGGGUCGUUCUGAAAAUGUUUGAUAUACUUGAAAAUUAUAUGUGCUUGAUUUGGCUUUGGAAGUAGCUAGCUAGAGCGAUGCUUUGCUGCGUGUGUGGAAUACGAUCGAAUUUGUUACUUCUUUUUAUAUACAGAGAAGUAAUGAUGUAUUGGCUUUAAUUUGUGUAAUAUUAAUAGUUUGAAAUUUUUAACAAUACUGUAGCCUUUUUUUUAUUUGGGUAAGUUUUUUUUAUGAUAUUUCAAGUAACAUGCGACUAUA